AUGACUGAAGAGCUGCCCAAUAAUUGUGAUGAUCACUUGGUGUCUGGUUUGCCUCAGUCAUCAUUCAGCAGUUCAUCAGAGCUCUCUAGCAGUCACAGCCCUGGCUUUGCAAGGCUUAAUCGAAGAGAGGGUGCUGGUGGUUGGUCACCACUUGUGUCCAAUAAAUAUCAAUGGCUUCAGAUUGAUCUUGGUGAAAGAGCUGAGAUAACUGCUGUUGCUACUCAAGGUGGUUAUGGGAGCUCCGACUGGGUAACAAGCUACCUUCUGAUGUUCAGUGACAGUGGACGAAACUGGAAGCAGUAUCGUCAAGAAGAAAGCACUUGGGCAUUUUCUGGAAACACAAAUGCAGAUAGUGUUGUAUACUACAAGCUUCAGCAUUCCAUUAAAGCAAGAUUUCUCCGCUUUGUGCCUUUGGACUGGAAUCACAAUGGUAGAAUCGGAAUGCGCAUUGAAGUGUAUGGAUGCAUGUACAGGUCCGAGAUGGUUGGUUUUGAUGGGAAAAGUUGUCUAAUUUACACAUUCAAUCAAAAAAUCACGAGUACACUGAAAGAUGUGAUUUCUCUGAAGUUUAAGACAAUGCAAAAUGAUGGAAUUCUUCUCCACAGAAAAGGACAGAAUGGAGACCACAUCACCCUGGAAUUACUUAAAGGAAAGCUGUCCCUUCUUAUUAAUUUAGGUGAUAAAACUCUUUCUUCUAAUGCCCAAAUUAAUAUUACCCUGGGCAGUCUUUUGGAUGAUCAACAUUGGCAUUCUGUUCUCAUUGAGCAUUUUAACAAUCAAGUAAACUUUACAGUGGAUAAACACACUCAUCAUUUUCAUGCUAAAGGAGAAUUCAAUUAUUUGGAUCUUGAUUAUGAGCUCAGCUUUGGAGGGAUCCCAGUGCCUGGAAAAUCAGGGGCUUUGUCACGCAGGAAUUUUCACGGGUGUUUUGAGAAUAUUUAUUAUAAUGGAGUGAGCAUUAUUGACCUGGCCAGGAGGCAUAGAUCUCAGAUCUCCUUCGUGGGCAACAUAUCUUUCUUGUGUUUAGAGCCACAGGUGAUUCCUGUUACAUUUCUGAGCUCCAGGAGUUACCUGGCACUGCCUGGCACUUUGGGCCAAGAAGAAGUAUCCAUCAGUUUCCAAUUUCGCACCUGGAACAAAGAGGGACUUCUGUUAUCUAGUAAACUACAUAGGUCUUCAGGUGGUAUCCUGUUAUAUCUGAGUGAUGGGAAAGUUAAAAUCAAUCUUCGUAAGCCAGGCAAAGCCCUGAGUGACAUUAGUGCAGGUGAUGGAUUAAAUAAUGGUCAGUGGCAUUCUGUAUUCGUCUCUGCCAAAAGAAAUCGUAUCAGCUUAAUAGUGGACAACGAUAUGACCUCAUCUGCUCAUGCCUCCAUAUCUCUGCAAAUUUAUUCAGCAGACACAUUCUACUUUGGAGGCUGCCCGAACAGUGGAAACAAUUCUGAAUGUAAAAGCUCAUUUGGUGGAUUUCAAGGAUGUAUGCGACUCAUUUCUAUUGACAACAAAACAGUGAAUAUGAACUCAGUUCAGCAAAAUAUUUUGGGCAAUUUCAGUGACCUUCAGAUAGAUUUAUGUGGCAUUAUAGACAGAUGCUUGCCUAAUUACUGUGAACACGGUGGGGAAUGUUCACAGUCCUGGAACAGCUUCUACUGUAAUUGUACCAAUACUGGUUACAAGGGAGCUACUUGUCACUAUCCUAUCUACGAACAAUCAUGUGAAGCCUAUAAGCACAGAGGGAACACUUCAGGCUUUUACAAUAUCGAUUCAGAUGGAAGUGGCCCCUUGGGACCGUUUCUUGUAUACUGUAAUAUGACAGAUACAACAUGGACAAUUAUACAGCACAACAACACCAACUUAACCAGAGUCAAAAGUGCUAAUCGAGAGAACCCACACACUGUGUUUUUCAAGUACUCUGCCAGCCUAGACCAGCUUCAAGCUGCAAUUAACCAUGCAGAACACUGUGAACAGGAGCUUGCUUACCACUGCAAAAAAUCAAGGCUUUUAGAUAAGACAGAUGGGUUGCCAUUGAGCUGGUGGAUUGGAAGGACCAAUGAAACACAGACAUACUGGGGAGGUUCCUCGCCUACUGUUCAGAAAUGUGCUUGUGGCAUAGAAGGGAGCUGCAUUGACUCCCAGCAUCACUGCAACUGCAAUGCUGACAGAAAUGAAUGGACUAAUGAUACUGGGUUCCUUUCCUACAAGGAGCAUCUACCAGUAACAGAAAUUGUGAUUACAGAUACUGACAGACCAAAUUCUGAAGCAGCUUACAGACUAGGGCCUUUGCUUUGCCAUGGUGACCGAGCAUUUUGGAAUUCAGCAUCGUUCAACACAGAGACAUCUUACCUGCAUUUCCCCACUCUCCAUGGAGAACUCACUGCAGACGUAUCAUUUUUCUUUAAAACUACUGCUUCCUCAGGAGUGUUUUUAGAAAAUCUGGGAAUUCAAGACUUCAUAAGGAUAGAGUUAUACUCCCCAUCUGAAGUGAUUUUUUCAUUUGAUGUUGGAAAUGGACCUAGUGAAGUUACAGUGCAGUCACUCACUUCCUUAAAUGACAACCAGUGGCAUUAUGUCAAGGCUGAACGAAACAUCAAAGAGGCAUCCUUACAAGUAGACCAGCUUCCUCAAAAGUUUCAUGCUGCUCCACCUGAUGGGCAUAUUCGGUUGCAACUCAACAGCCAACUUUUUGUAGGUGGGACAGCAUCUAGACAGAAAGGAUUUUUGGGAUGUAUUCGUUCAUUACAGUUAAAUGGAAUGGCCCUUAACCUGGAAGAGAGAGCGAAGAUAACACCAGGAGUUGAACCAGGAUGUCCUGGACAUUGUAGUAGCUAUGGUAACCUGUGUCACAAUGGUGGAAAAUGCAGAGAGAAAUACAGUGGAUUCUCUUGUGACUGCAGUUUCUCUGCCUAUGCUGGGCCAUUCUGUAAGAAAGAGAUCUCUGCCUAUUUUGGAACUGGAAGUUCUGUGAUAUACAAUUUUCAAGAAUAUUAUACCUUCACUAAAAAUUCCAGUUCUCAUGCUUCUUCUUUCUAUGCUGACAUGACACUGAGCAGGGAAACAAUCACAUUUGCCUUCCGAACAACACGAACACCAAGCCUACUUCUUUAUGUCAGUUCCUUCUACAAGGAGUAUCUCUCAGUCAUUCUAACCAGAAACGGAAGUUUACAGAUAAGGUACAAACUGGAUAGCCAUCAAGAUCCUGAUGUCUUCAACAUCAAUUUCAAAAGCAUGGCUGAUGGACAACUACACCAUGUGAAGAUUGACAGAGAGGAGGAAAUGCUUCUUGUAGAGGUUAACCAGAAUGAAAGAAUGAAAUUUAUUCUGUCUUCAGGCACAGAAUUCAAUGCAAUCAAGUCUCUCAUACUUGGCAAGAUUUUGGAAUUAUGGAAUGAUUUAGGUUUAGGUAAUCCUGUCCACUACUCUUGCUCAAGCAAGGCCACCUAGAGCCAGU